CUGCCCUGGGUACCCAGAUACCCUCCGCUCUGGUCCGGAGCGGAGGCGAGCGACCGAGUGCGGGUGCUGCUGGGCAGCGGGUGGUGGGUGCCCCUGUCGCCUCCUGGGGUGACCGACUGCGGGGUUGGGGGAGCCGGCGGCGCCGGCCCGGGGCUGCGGCCGCCCUUUUCCGCGCUGUGCGCCCGCGUCUCUGCGGCUCUUUGUGGGGGCUGAGGCUUGGGCCUGCUCGGCUGAUCCCCACACAGCGUUCCGCUCGCCCCGACCAGUUCCAGGCGGGCACCAUGCGCCGGGAGAGUGACUGCUCGGAGGAGAAGGCGCCCGCCAGUGGGGACGGGUCAGCUGAGAGCUCCAUGCGAGCCCGCAAGAGGAAAGCUGAUGUGGCUACGUUCUUGCAGGAUCCUGAUGAAGAAGUUGCAAAUAUGGAGCUGACAAGAAAAAAACAGUGUGAAAACCAGCCAUCCUGGAAUACUGAUCCCAAAAAUGCCCAUAUGCUGAUUCCUACUCCAGAUAAAGAUGAUGAUCCAGUUGGUGUUGAUUAUUCUCAGUUUCCACACCUAAGUCUUGUUCGAACUAGAGUUUCACCAUUACCAGUUCUUGGCUGGGCAAACAGAGAUGAUGUAUGGAAAAACAUGAUGAAAAAAGAGGAGACGUAUGUGAGGGAUAAAUUUUAUAUGCAAAGGCACCCUCUCCUGCAACCUAAAAUGAGAGCAAUCCUUCUAGACUGGCUAAUGGAGGUUUGUGAAGUCUACAAGCUUCAUAGAGAAACUUUUUAUUUAGCACAAGAUUUCUUUGAUCGGUUUAUGGCAACACAACAUGAUGUUGUAAAAACACUAUUGCAGCUUAUUGGUAUCUCUUCUUUAUUCAUAGCAGCAAAGCUUGAGGAAAUUUAUCCACCAAAGUUGCACCAGUUUGCCUAUGUCACAGAUGGUGCUUGUACAGAAGAUGAAAUCCUCACUAUGGAAUUGCUCAUUAUGAAGGCUCUCAACUGGAACUUAAGUCCACUAACAGUUGUAUCAUGGCUGAACAUUUACCUGCAAAUUGCAUAUUUAAACAAGCUUUAUGAGGUAUUGCUGCCACAAUAUCCACAGCAAAUAUUUGUACAAAUAGCAGAGCUCUUGGAUCUCUGUCUGCUGGAUAUUGGCUGCUUGGAAUAUACAUAUGGAGUACUUGCAGCUUCUGCUUUGUAUCACUUCUCCUCAUCUGAGUUGAUGCAGAAAGUUACAGGUUAUGAAUGGUGUGAGGUAGAGGAAUGUGUAAAAUGGAUGGUUCCGUUUGCGAUGGCAAUAAGGGAAGUUGGAAGCUCCAGACUCAAACACUUUAGAGGUGUAGCUCCUGAAGACAUGCACAAUAUACAGACACACAUAAAUGGCUUGGAUUUGCUGGACAAAGCUCAAGCAAAUAAAGCCAUGUUGUCUGAGCAGAAUAGAACUUCACCUUUCCCCACUGGUGUCCUUACACCACCACAGAGUAGUAAGAAACAGUCUUCUGGACCAAAGCCAAUAUGACUUUAGAAACAACAGUAUUGCUGAAGUGCCUAUUCUGCUGGUUCUAACUCCUGCUCCAUUAUGGACAUGCUGUCAGUGAAGUUCGUUAAGUCUUUUUAGAAUCUGAAAAAGAAACAUUACUUUUUUUCAUGACAGAAGAAAUCUUCUAUUUUAAAUAUUUUUAUUGAACAUCAGAAUCUUCUAAAGAAGUGAGUCAAGUAUACCAGCCGCUUAAAAGAACACCGAAGAGUGCUCCAAAUGCUGCUACAGAGGGUGAUGCUUGAUGUGACCAACUGUUCAGGAAAAGGUUUGAAGUUUAGAUUAGUUACUGUGCCUGUUAGUCCGUUGGAUAAUCUGCAGUCAGACUGUCCCCUGUUGACAAACAGGCAAAAAGUGCUGUGGAAGACAAUGUUUCAAAGCCUCUUUCAAAUGGUUGGCUUGCAACUUGAUGCCUUUUAAAAACUCUUUAUUGUAAAUGCUGCUAUGUCUCUACCCAUUUAGAAUAAAAAUGCUGUCUAAGACAGCUAGUUUUAUGUAUAUUCCUAUUUUUCUUUUAAUUAUGGUCAGCUAAGGAUUUUCAGAUUGUGACCACUAGUAGUGUGGGAGUUGGGGAUCAAUAAUGUAGUAACUGUCUCUUUAUUUAUUUACCACUACUGCUUAUCAAUUAAAACUUCCUUUUUGGAUACUAAGAUAAAAUGGUCAUGUUAGGCUACUUGGAUUUCCCUUAGCCAGAUGCAGGUGGCUAGGGAGGGG